CUUUCAGUGGUUGCAUCGAAUUUUUGACUGGCCGGCAUGAACAGCGACAGCGAGGGUGAUGAGGAGCAGUUGGUACUGUCUGGCGCCGCACUGGCAGCUUUGCAGGAGUUUGCGAUCGAGCGCGGUAUCGCUGUCGAAGAUGAGUCGUCGGACGUGCGUCUGGACAUCCAGAAAGCACUGGACAUUGAGCCCAAAGAGGAUUCAUUCGAGUUCAAAUUUGGCAAAAAUGGUGACGAGGAGGACGCUGAGAUCACUAUCCGACUCAAUGGACUUCGCCGCGAUAUCGGACAGACACUGCAGUCGACUGGGCUUACCCUCUGGCGUGCUGGCGACUUUCUGAGCGAGUACAUGUACCAGGACCGCGGCCGGUUCGCCGGCAAGUCCAUCAUCGAGCUGGGAAGCGGUCUUGGUCUCAUCGGUAUCUUAGCGUCGUACCUCACGGACAAGAAAGUGGUGAUCACCGACGGUGACGACGACACUAUUGAUCUUCUAGUCGCCAACUGCAAACUCAAUGGUGUGGGCGAUCGUGUCGAGUGUCGAAAGCUGCUGUGGGGCGUCGAUCUGCACCAGAUCGAAGACAAGUUCGAUGUUGUCUUGGGUGCUGACAUCAUUUACGAGCAGGAGCACGUGGUUUCACUCUUUAAAACGGCGAAAUACUUGCUCAAACCAGGUCGUCGAAGUGUGGGAAACGGAGGCAAAGCCGCGUCGGAGUUUUUAUUGGCGUACACGAAGCGUAAUGUUUCCAUUGAUUACGUUCUGGACACUGCCAAAGGCUUUGGCUUCGAGUGGGAAGAGCCCACGAAUGAUGAAGGAAUCUAUACCUUUAGAUUAGUAUAA